GGCUCUAGGAUUGGCUUUCUGUUCGGUUUGAACAUCAGCCCCGAUCGAAUGAAAUUGCGAUUACACUUUUUUGUUCGUACGUGUUUUUGUGCUGGUGGUAGUUCGUAGUUGGUGAAGAACAAUGCCCUAUGUGCUGAGCCGGGCAGAAGUUGCUAACGAGCUUCUGCAAACCUUGGACGAGAACGAUCUCCGGGGCUUUGAGAAAACAAUUCUAAUAGCGGGCGAUGUGGGUGCAGAUCUCAAUUACCAAUACGGGAAGGAGACCAACUACAAGACCAUUCUCCAUCUGGCCUUAGAGGAAGAUGACGGGGAGCCGUACGUCGAUGCAUUGCUUAAGGCCGGGGCUGAUGUCAACUUUUACAAUGAAAGGCUGGGCUGUCUACCCAUUCACGUGGCCACCUCUGAAUCCAUCCCCGAAAUCUUUAGCCUUUUGUUCCGCUAUAGUGCCAAUACGGCCAAUGUGAACGCCCUCACCUCGGAGGGACUGCAUUCGAUCCAUUUGCUCUUGGCCCAGUUGAUCGACUUGGCUAGUCUUCAGAACAAGCCACUCCAAAAUCGAGGUAUCAACCCACCCACUGACGAGGACAUUGAAGAGAGUCUGAAUAACGUGGCUAAAUGCAUGAAUUUCUUGCUGGACCGGAAGGACUUGUGCAUGGACGUGUUCGAUCAUGUUCUCAAGACUACUGUAGAUCGGACGGCUUUUGUCAAAAGCCGCCUCACGAUGAAGAAGUUGACCACUAUGACCCCUUUGCAAAUCAUUUGUUCGUUUCAAACAUGGAAUGCCAAGCCAAUCUCAGACAAUUUGCACAAGUUAAUUGAAGCCAUCGUUUUUAAGCUCCUUCAUUUAGGGACGGAUCCAAAUUCCACGGGUACAACGGGUGUGCUGGCUGGUACGGUCCCGGGCUCAACGCCCCCGGUUUUACUGGCUGCAACCCGAGGAUACCAUAGGGUGAUCGCCGUGUUCAAGCAGUUCCCAUUGACCAAUUUCUUGGUGGAAAACAAGUUCCAGCAGAACAUUUUGCACAUGGUUCUCAAAGCGGGUUAUUACAACAAAAUUGCUGUUCAUGGCGACGAGAGCGGAUUUGUGAACGUGGAAACCCUCAUGGAACUAUUAAAAGAGGAUGCAUCCGGCGUUCAAGCACAGAUGCGAGAGAUCAUUAAUCGACUGGAUUCCUAUGGAAACACGCCCAUCCAUUACGCAAGGCCUUACCCUGACCAAGCUAUCGUGAAGGUGCUUUUAAAGAAUGGUGCCAAGUUGGAUCAAAAUCCUCAAGGUCAACUGAACUUGAACCCGAGAACCUUAGAGGAAUAUUUUUAUGAGGAAUGCAUCAUCCCAGAGGGCGACGAUAUCGAUGAGGAGGAUUUUCAAAUCAGGAUCAACUUCAAGCUAUUUGAGCGGCCUUUGGUCGAUGAGAACACGCCUCUUGCACUUAAUCAGGAGCCCAAAGGAUCUCAGGUGCCAUUGGCAUGGUCAUCAGAUGUGGAAAAGUUGGCAUUGGGCAAAAAAACAGGUGCACUGCCGACCAAGAGUAGCAAAUAUGCCAUGGUUGGCUCAGGCAAAGUGGAUACAAAGCGUCUGGAGUAUUUCUCAGAUGUGGAUGGUUUGCAUCAUCUGUUAAAGCAUCCCGUGAUGACAUCGUUUCUUGAAAUUGAAUUGAACUCCUUGAGGAUUCGAUACAUCUUUGACUUCAUUAUCUAUUUGAUCUUCGUGAUUGUGUUAUUUCUCUUCCUGUCGGACAAAUACGGGAUUGCCAACGGGAUCCUGGGCGCGAAAAUCAUUAUCUACAAGGACGAGGACAUCAACUACGAGGUCACCUACUCACUGAUCAUUCUUUGCGUACUUCUUCUCUUGUUGAUCAUUCGCGAAAUCUGGCAGAUCGUCAAGUUGAAGAAGCGUUAUUUAACCCAACCAGAAAACUACCUCGAAUGGGCUGUCAUCAUUUUGGCCAUCUUGAACAUUGUCCCUUGGUACUACAUUUCGUUUUUGGGGACUGGUCAUCUGCAACGCCAUCUGGCCGCAUUGAUCAUGCUUCUGGCCUUCAUGCAAUUGUACCUGUUGUUGGUGCGGAUCGUUCCUAAUACCCCCAUUCCUAUUUAUAUCAACAUGUUCACCACUGUUCUUAAAACCUACACCUUCAUCUUGCUCAGCUACUUGGCCUUUAUCCUUUCCUUUGCCUACAGCUUCUAUUUGGUCUUUGGCUCCGGAGCAAAACCACAAUCUGACCCAGCCCACUCCACCUUGACAACUUCAUCGACCACUGAAAAUGGAACCACUCAAAUACCUUUCACGACUCAAGCUCCAAGCCAAGUGGAUGAGUCACUGGGCACCUCCUAUGACCCGCUAUUCAGUAGCAUUGGCUUGUCCUUAGUCAAGACCUUGGUCAUGUUCGUCGGCGAGAUUGAUUACAAUGACCUGAUUUUCACGCAUUGGCUCGGCUACGUCAUUUUUGUCCUAUUCCUCUUUCUAAUGAUUAUUGUCCUUAUGAACAUUCUCAACGGUUUGGCAGUGAGUGAUAUUCAUAAAAUUCAAGAAGAAGUCGACACCUAUUAUCACAUUUCUAUUGUUGAGACAUUAGCUUACACCAGCUUUGUAUCCUUACUGGCAGAGGAAAUCGUUCUUUACCCCAACAUCAAACCGGAAAACCAAAAAAUAUUGGGCAUCACCAUCCCAGGUUAUAAGGUGUACCGGGGCCAAGGUGGACGAAUGGGCAAACAUGAGAAGAAAAGAGACUUCUUCUUUAGCGAAAACACGGUCAAAGCUGCAAAAGAGUUGGUGGUACAGAAGCAGCAACAAAAUCAAUCACUCGGACGGGUGACUCUCGAAGGACUCCGUGAGCACAUCCUUGACAUAAAAAAAGAUCAAAUGAUCACGAGACAAAAGCUCGCGUCCAUCGAGGAACAAAUCAACACUCUUUACGAAGUGAUGGUCAGCCGGCAGCCGGCGUUGGACAGAUUAUAGAGAUGAUGAAAAGCUCUAAAAAAUCGAUCAUCGACACGAAAUGGGAUGCUACAAUCGAAAAAUCGAACAAUUGGCGAUGUGCGUAUUACUUUGGUUCGGAGUCCAAAAAAAUAUAUUCCCAAGUAACCUCAGUAGAUUGAUUAUGAUCUCAGAUGCCAAAAGGCACUGCCAACAAAGCAAUAUGAACCGAAUUCAAGACCUUACCCUGAUCCGGUAUUGGCAUUCAUCAGAAGAAAUUUGGAGGACCGUGUAGAUCGUUGUCGACGCUAACUACAAGUACAUAUUACUGACUUUGCCAUGUUGAUUCUUAAAUCGUAACCUACAUGCAUACAUCUACCGUGCACUGUUAUGGACCAAUGAUCCGAAGUAUCUAUGAAUAAAGAAUACCACACCCUUCAA